CAUCCCUAUAGCGGUCAAGGUGUUCCAUUAGCAUGGUUAUUAACUGAAUCUCAAGACUCUGAAACAAUCAAGCUAUGGCUUCGUGCUUUGAAAGAGGAUGGUUGGAUUGACCUGCAUGUCAAACGCGUAUGGCAUAGAUGGAUUAAUAAACAAAUACCAGGAAAAGAGUGCAAUAAUUUGUUUCAAGAUCUAAAUCAACUACUUAGUAUUUCUGAUGAAAGUAAGGUGAAUAAUGCUCUUAUUAAAUUUGAGCAAAAAUGGCAACAUACAGCUGUGGUACAAUAUUUUAAUGCUCAAUAUCGAUGA